AUGGGGCAGGCUCAGGGCGGCCGCUCGGGGCCUUCUGCACGAGGCCAGACUUGGCAGGCAUCCAACCUAAACGUCCCACUCGGGGCUGCUUUCCGCCUGCCACGGGGAGCCGGGCUUGGCCAUGAUGAAGACUCGUCGCCAGGCACUUGCACCAGUGCGACGGGACUCCUGAUGCAGGAGGAGGAGGGCCCGCUGCUCGUCACUGAGGCCAAGCGUGCAAAUCUUCCCCUGCAGCGCAGCCCGGCAGUCAGUCCGAGCCCUCGCAUCAUCGGCCGCAGCCAUGAUGCAGUGCAUCGUGGGACGGCGCAGGUCUUGGAGAGCGACAGCAGCAGCAGCAGUUCGAGUUCCAGCGGCAGCGAGAGCCAGCCUCUUACGGCGGAGAAGCAGCAGACAGGCACUGGCGCUGCAGCCCCGGACAAGUGGGAGGCCAUGGCUCAAGAACUCAGCUGCCUUGACGAUGAUGAACCGAUGCUGCCGCGGGGCCCCUUCGCGCAGCCACAGGGCGCCCGCGGCCUCCCAAAUCGAAGGAGUCGCGUGGAGGGCCGCGCCCGGAGCCAGAGCCGAGGCCACCUGAGCAGCUCGGAUAGCCGAGGGAGCGGCCGGAGCGUGCAAAGCGCACCCAGCGAGUCACCAACGUGGCGCGCGAAGAGCGCGAAGAGCUCUGCCUCCGGAAUGGUCAGCAGAGUGUAG